AGAGAUGCCAUGUCCGACAUUCGUGUCGCCUUGACAAGUUGGAGACCGGCAACAGUUUCAAUUGGCCCAUUUUUUUCCACCCCCUUUCAUCCAGCACUUCCCCUCCUCUCCACAAUCAAUUCCAAAAACAGCUGGCAUCAAAUAGAAACUCAUAUUUCCAAUCUCGCACAGGAAAAAUAAAAUAGUAACAGUAGUUCUGUAAAACGGGAGGUUGACUCGACAGCUUCGAGCCGCGGUGGGCGUCAGGUGAAUUUUUUUACUCCCUUUCUUCAUCUAAUUACAGAUGCAUACGGGAUAAUCUCCAACUAAUUCGAUAAAUGUCUCUUUGAUAAACUCUCUGAAAGUAGAAUGCGAUAGACAAGGUGAAACCGGAGUGAAAGAGUUGGGUGGAGGCUUUGCUAGUGAGACUGACGGAGAUACAGUGCAGGUACUGUUAAAUUCCUGGAGUUUUUUUUCCUUCCAAUCUUCGUUACGUCUCAUCUAGUGAAAUGGCACUGAGGAAAGUCAAAGGGAACUUUGAACGAAUGUUCGAUAAAAAUCUGACGGAUUUGGUGCGGGGCAUUAGGAACAACAAGAAUAAUGAGGCGAAGUACAUUGCACAGUGCAUUGAGGAGAUUAAACAGGAGCUGAGGCAGGACAAUAUCGCUGUUAAGGCGAAUGCCGUUGCCAAACUCACAUAUCUCCAGAUGCUGGGGUACGACAUCAGCUGGGCUGGUUUCAAUAUCAUCGAGGUCAUGUCCUCUGGAAAGUUCACGUACAAGAGGAUCGGGUAUCUGGCUGGUAGUCAGAGCUUUCACAUGGACACUGAGCUUCUAAUGUUGACCACGAAUAUGAUAAGAAAAGACUUGAACAGCCAGAAUCAGUACGAUGCUGGUUUGGCUCUGAGUGGAUUGUCCUGCUUCAUAAGUCCAGAUUUAGCUAAGGAUCUUGUUAACGACAUAAUGACUCUUCUGACCAGCACGAAACCGUACUUGAGGAAGAAGGCAGUGCUGAUGAUGUAUAAAGUGUUCUUGAGGUUUCCCGAGGCCCUCAGGCCCGCUUUCCCCAGACUGAAGGAAAAACUUGAGGAUCCGGACAGUGGAGUUCAGUCUGCUGCUGUCAAUGUCGUUUGUGAAUUAGCUAGGAAGAAUCCUAAGAAUUAUUUGAGCCUUGCCCCCAUUUUCUUCAAGCUCAUGACAACUUCGACGAAUAAUUGGAUGCUCAUAAAAAUUAUUAAAUUGUUUGGCGCGUUGACACCUCUAGAACCUAGGCUUGGAAAAAAACUCAUAGAACCUCUGACCAAUUUAAUACACAGUACAUCAGCAAUGUCGCUCCUCUACGAGUGCAUAAACACAGUAAUCGCAGUGUUAAUCUCCAUUUCCUCCGGAAUGCCGAACCAUUCCGACUCAAUCCAACUCUGCGUCCAGAAGCUGCGAAUACUAAUCGAGGACUCUGACCAAAAUCUCAAAUACCUGGGUCUCCUGGCAAUGUCAAAGAUCUUGAAAACCCACCCGAAGAGCGUGCAAGCUCACAAAGAUCUCAUAAUGCAGUGCCUGGACGACAAAGACGAGAGUAUUCGGCUGCGUGCCCUGGACCUGCUCUACGGCAUGGUAUCCAAGAAAAAUCUCAUGGAAAUUGUCCGAAAACUCAUGGUCCACAUGGACAAAGCCGAGGGCACAACCUACAGAGACGAACUCCUCUCCAAAAUCAUCCAAAUCUGUUCCCAAAACAAUUACCAAUUCAUCACUUACUUCGAGUGGUACAUUUCCGUUCUCGUUGACCUUACCAAGAUGGAGGGUACCAAGCAUGGGCAAUUGGUGGCGACUCAACUGCUCGACGUUGCCAUCAGGGUCCAAGCGAUAAGAAAAUGCGCAGUUCAACAGUGUGCCUUACUCCUCGAAAAUGCCCAUUUGCUGACAGGAACACCACGAGCGACAAUGUGCGAGGUUCUCUACGCAGCAGCUUGGAUUUGUGGGGAAUUCUCCUCAGAGCUCAACGACCCCAUAGCAACAUUAAAAUCAAUGCUCAAGUCCCAGGCGUCAAGUCUCCCCGGUCACAUACAAGCAGUGUACGUUCACAAUAUUCUCAAACUAGCAGCCAUGACAUUGAACAAAGCGCAGAAGGAGCAUGAUCAAGAGACAAUAGAGCAGAUAUUCGCCCUGAAGGACGGAAUGAACGAGUUCAUCUGCAGCGGAGACCUCGAGGUGCAGGAGAGAGCGACAGCAGUGCUGGUUCUGUUCGACUACUUGAGGGAGAAUCCAGCGUUGAUCGAGGAGCUUGCUGAGACUUUCGAGGGUGAACUGAAUCCUGUGGCACCAAAGGCACAGAGAAAGGUUCCCAUUCCCGAAGGGCUCGAUCUUGACUCCUGGAUCAAUGAUCCCCCCUCUGAGAGCUCUGACGAAGAGGAUUUGGACAUGAAUGACAUCUUCGUCAGAGGGGAGAAGGGAAAUGAGUACGGGGAGAAGAAGACUGUUGAGUUGACGUCUGAGGAGCUCCAGAGGAGGAGAGACAUGAGGCGAAUCGAGCAGGAGAAUAAUCCACAUUAUUUGAAGGGCAAUUCCAGUCCCAAGAAUCUUCAUUAUAACGACAAAACUGAUGAUUACGAUCACAUUCCAAUUGCUGAACUUGACAUCCCGGUUUCCUUGAAGAUAAACUCGUUCAGUACGAAAUUCUCAUCUGAGGAGAAGAGGAUAAAAGCGGGGAAGAAGAAGAAGAAGAAGCACUCGAAGAAGGGGAAGAGGGACAAGGAGAGCUCGGACGAGGAGCAUGACGACGGUUAUCCAUCGCACUUUGUUAACACUGGGAUUGGCGAGCUACCACCAGGGGCACAACUGAGUGACAACGAUGACAACAAUAUUUCUGAUGUCAAUGAUCCCCACAGGGCCUUGAACAUCGAUCUAGAUAUUCCUUUGCGAGAGGACGAGAGACUUCCAGUACUGGAGCAUCGAGCAGACCCCAGAGACCCCAAGAGUAUCACAGAAAAAUCAGAGAGAAAAGAAAAAACCUCAAAGAAGGUGAAGAAGAAGAGCAAAGAGGGGAAAAGGGAGCGCAAGGAGUCGGAGAAUCAGAACAAUAUUGACCUCUGGCUUGGGAAUGAUAUAGUCAUCCAUAACAAGGAGAACGAGAGCACUGAGAAUGUUGAGUUGAAUGACGAGAAGAAGAAGAUGAAGAAGAAAGGGAAAGUGAAGAAGAAGAAGGAGGAGGAGGGGAAGAGGAAGAAGAAGAAGAGCGAUGGGAAACAGAAUAUCUCUGGGUAUGAGGAGACUGCCGGGAUUUCCACACCCUCCAAGGAGAUUCUGCCGGGACUUGGAGCCAAUUUUAAUGAAAGUAAUGAGGAAACUAUCAAUAAUCUGUAUCAGAUGCCCAGUGGACACCAGGAGCUCGCUAAAAAUGACAAGAUGAAGAUGAUGGUUGAGCUGAAGCAAUUGCCACAUGAAAAUGGAAAAAUCAUCGCCUCCAUCGUCCUGAUUAAUUCUGGGGAGAAAGUCGUCAAGGAUUUGGACCUGGAUGUCACGGACUCGUCGACAUUGAAGCUGGUGAGAAACUUCGGAGAGGAGUCUGGGAUCAAGAUAAAAGUUAAAUUGGCUCCACAAGCUACAACGGAGGUGCAUCUUCCCAUUCUAGUUAUUGAUGACACAUUUGCCCAGAAGUUGAGGGGAAGUCUGAGUUAUUUUGUCGAGAGCUCUUUGGGGAUGGUUCAGGAGAAGUUGGAUUUCGUUUUGAAAUUCUCGUGUUGUGAUUUUCUCGCUGGGAAUCUACCGCCGGGGGACGCCUUGACGGAUCUACUUGGUAGCGAUCAGUUGCAAUAUAAGACGACAAAUAGUGUGGACGUUGCAGAGAAUCUUGGAUCGGUGUUGGAGGCGGUCUGUCAGAGGUGCAAAUUAACACUUGUGGAGCAGGUCGAUGAUGCUGCGUCUUUAUAUGGUCAUUCGCUGAUGGGUCAUCACGUGUGCCUUUUACUCAAGAAGAAGUCAUCUGACAUGUCUUCAAGUCUUUCAAUCGAGGGCAAGGGAGACAAUAAUUCAUUAUUAUCUGGGAUCGUCGAGGAAAUUGUCAAGACAAUUACGAAAUAAAGGGAAAACUACGUAGAAUUAUAUUGAAUUCGAAAAAAAGUUGAUUGAGAGAUAUGUUGCUCAUUGUAGAGAAAAUGAGGAGGAACUAAUUUUUUUUCAUUCCAUUUGUAAUUUCUGAAUUGAAAGAAAAUACGUCCUCGUUGAAUUUGAAUUGAAUAGUUACGUCAAAGCCGUAUUUUUAUUGAGCCAAAUGAUUUUUAUAUUGCAAGGAUUUUUGUACCUUGCGUCAUUAAAUGGUGCUACAGUUCAUUUGAUCCUUGAAUUGUAAAUAAUGAAAUGAUCUUUAUUCCUGUGUGCACCCACAAAUUGAUGACUUUAAAAUAAAGAAAUUUCAUAAAUGUAUGAA